UCUACAUAAAAUAGUUAUUUAAAUAGUUAUUCUCCGAACUGAGUGGUUGACGUCACAAAGUGGAUAAAACCCUCAAAUAAUGGCUGAAUCAUCGGAACAGUCGGACCUAGUAGCUGACCCCGAAUGCUCAUUUUCAUCUCACUGCGGUCGGAAUGUCAUUGUUGAUGGCCAAACAGCUAGAUGGAACAGUGUCGUCUCCGGGGGCCGCGUCUUCAUAGACAAACCAAUAGCUCCCGAGGCAGAACUUAAGAUGUCGUUUGAUGGCAAGGGGCAUGCCGAAGUUGGAAUACUCACCAAAGAUCCUGCCUCUAUAUCCGACAUCAGCAAAGUGGAAAAUAUGAGAGAACUGACGGUCAUACAAAGUGCAAGAAUCUACAAACAAACGGGUACUGCCAACAUAAAACGAUCAUCCUGCGGGAGGAAAAUUAUAACAGAAGCAGACAAAACUUCUAGCAUUAAAGUUGGAAGGACCGAUAAAGUAUGGGUUACUGUUAAUAUUAUAUUCGGAGAUCUGGAAGUAGAAAUAGAGACAGAAGGUUACAAUUUUUCAAAAGAAAGUGGAGGAAACAUAAAACUCGAGCAUUAUGACACAUGGGCGAAUUUAAAAUCUCCAAACCCAUGUGCCGUAUGCUUUGUUGGAACUCCUAUCAGGCGAAUGGAAGCUUUAAACUUUCAGAUUGAUCCCAUUUUAAGAGAUGGUAAACCUUCAAGAAAUUUCAGUAUUAAAAUAGCAAUAUCACAGUCUAAUCCAAUUGACAUUAUGUCAGGAAAUGAUAUCUAUUAUGAUAUUACGUCACUUCCUGUCAUUCAUUUCGAUGAAUUUCCAAAGAAAUGCAAAAACGAAAUUCAGAUUGGACUAUCGGACAACGGAACUGUCCAAAUCAACUACGAAAAAGGGACACUUAAUAAAGAAACAAAUAACGAACAUAUAUAUUGCAUUUUCGAACUUUGCAGAAUAAAACUUCAUUGCAAAAGUAAAACAAAACUUAACAACCGCGUAGACUUUCCACCAUCUGCCGAAAAUGUUCAACGCAAAAGUGAAACGAAACAAGACAACCGCGAUGACGAUACGCAGUUAUGGAAUCGUUCUGCAGAAAAUGAUCAAUACAAAAGUAAAACAAACCAAAGAAAAAACGAAGACGUCCUCAUGUUACAAAAUCGUUCUACUGAAGAUCUGAACGUAAUCGACGCCAUUGUCGUUCCUCCCAACUCAGAGUAUGUUCGCAGUAAAAAAAUGCUAGAAUCUAUAAGACAUGACGCUGAGAAUAUAUCGAUUCACACGGAUGAUUUUAACUCAGAUAUGGAAUCCAGAAAUAUCGAUUUUUCUCUUGUCACGGUCAACAAUGAUUCGAAUAUAAACAACACGGUGGAAUCUGGAAUCCGCAACAAUGAAACAUUGCCAUCAGGAGAAAAUAUCGCAUUGCUGCAUAACAAAAUAGAAGAUUUAAAUUCAAGACUGCUGUCAAUUGAAGAAACAAUCGUUAACCGUGAAACCGGUAAAGAGGCCAUGCAACAAUCUCAAUUUCAAGAAUUAAAGUUAGAAAUUCAAUCCUUAAAGAAAAUACUGCGUGAAACUCAAUCAUCGGGUCAAUAUCCAACAAAUUCUAAAAUUAGUACUGAGAAGUCUCUUGAAAAAGUUAUACAGAAGAAUUAUGUUAUCUUAAUCAAAAUGAUAGACCCAGUUCCUUUGUUGGAUCUUUUAUAUGAAUCAGAUUGCAUAAGUCACAACGAUUGCGACAGAGUAGGAAAACUUUUCCAAAUUGACAGAGAAAAUGCUAAUCGUGAUCUGUUGGGCAUUAUAAUACGCAAACAAAGUUUUGACCUUGAUCACUUUGAGAGUGUUUUAUUUCAAUCAAAACAGAUUGGAGUUUUGGCAGUGUUAUUUCCAGAUAAAUAUGGCAAGAAAAAAUAAAAUUAAUCACAAA